AUGCUGAGUUUAACAAUACUCAGGCACUUCGAAGAUGCUCAGUUUUCAGACCUUGUAGUGCGGUGUAGAGACGAUGAAUAUCACGUGCACCGAGUCAUUAUGUGCAGCCAUUCGCAGUGGUUCGCAAAAGUGUGCGCAAAGACCUCACCGGAGACGAUAACCCAAACCAUCGACCUGGGCGCCGACGACCCCGAUGCCGUAGAUGCUAUGUUGCAAUAUUGCUAUCAACUCGAUUACGCCGACAAAUUCCUGGGCUUAAGCAGUGCCGGCUACACCAUAUACACGCUCACACCUCACAUUGACAUAUAUCUCUUAGCAGAACGAUAUAGCAUUCCAGGUCUUAAACAGCUCGCUCUUGAGAAGUUCGAAGUCCGAGCGGCAGUUUUAUCUCGCGUAGAAGUCAACAAAGAUAAAUUCUUCCAGGCAAUUCGGAUCAUAUACGCCUCAACUCGACCUGGUGAAGAUGAUCUUCGAAAUUCUGCAGUGAAGUUGUGUGCAGACCACUCAGAGCAGUAUAUUCUACAAGGCGGAAAGACUGCAGCGAGGGUGUUUAAGCUCAUGGACGACAUUCCUGCCUUCCGCAUUGACUUUAUUAAAGAACUAGCGUCAAGGCUAAAGUGA